AUGGGGAUUUAUCACUGUUGCCUGUGCAGUUCUGGUCUUUUUGGCAUCAGAGAUUCCAAGAAGACUUCGAUCUGCUGUUACAGUUCUUGCGGUGAGUACCUGGCGGCAGCAUUCAUGAACGGUGCUAUCGCCGUAUGGGAAGUGAAUACCAAACAGUGCCUCCAGAGGCUUUCGCACCCUAAAGAAACCGUAAUUAGUUGUUUGAUCUGGAACCCGUCUCUCAGCAGUGGCAGCGAUCUGCUCUUCUGUGACGUUCAAGGCUUCAUUGGCGGAUUUAAAAGCGUUGUGCGGUUUCCAGUAGUAGAGCCGAAACCAAAUGAGGUGCCGCUUUCUGCUGUAGCACCGACUGCAGUUAAGAGCAACGAUCAUGCAGAUAACAAGGAGAACGAUUAUGAUUCUGAUAUUGAGAUUUCAUGCUCUACCCGCAAAGCUGCGAAACAGAUCGUCGAUGACGAAGAUUCUCAAGAUUCGGACAUUGGUGCUAUCAAAAGAGCCUAUGAGACGAUAAUCAACCCUCCUGAAAAGAGUGAAACCGAUUUUUCCAAGGUACCGGCAGAAGUUAUCUACACAAAAGGAUGGGAGCCGACAGAGCCAAGAAAGCCUUUCAUGCCAGGAGCAAUGCCUGAACGAUUCUCAGAGCGUUAUUUGAUGUGGAACAGCAUCGGAAUCAUUAAGCUUUAUAACUCGGAAGAAGACAGCACCAUCGACGUAGAAUUUCAUGAUACGUCUUUUCAUCAUUCGCUGCAUUUCUCCAAUACUUUGACAGACUACUCGAUCGGUGACGUGUCAGCUGAAGCGGUUGCUUUUGCCUCCCGCUCUUCAAAGGAUUCUAGGAGUACCGUGAAUGUGAUAUACUUUUCAUCAUGGGAUUCGUCUCGAGAAUGGUCCAGUGAGCUGCCUGACGAUGAAAGCGUUGAGUGCUUAUGCCUUGGCCGCAACUGGUUGGCCGUCGUAACGGACAAACAGUUGGUUCGGCUAUUUCUCCUCUCUGGCACAGAGAUUUACCUGUUUGAGCACCCUGGAAACGUUUUGGCCGUCGCUGGCUGGAACGAGUUCCUAAUGGUAGCGUAUUCUACGGGCGUCAAUUACAGAGGAGAGGGCUUUACGCGAUGCGCGUUGUAUCAAGUAAGAACCACUGAUUGGACAGCAGAAUCACCAGUCAUAAAGAAGUUGCAUGAGUUCGACCUGGUCCUACGAGAAGCGCAUCAUCUCGUAUGGAUGGGGUUCACGAAAGAGGGAAGCCCAUCUACGGUGGAUUCUGAUGGCACUGUCCGAAUCUUGUCCAUGAGUUCGUUACUUUGGACACCCGUCUUAGUUCUAACGACUAAGCACGAAGAUGAUAAAAUGUGGGUAGUUGGAGUGAUUGAGAAACCGCCGCAGGUACGCGUCAUUCUGUGCAAAGCCAGUGAAUAUCCAAAAAUUGCUCCCCGACCCCCUGUUUUGUCGAUUCCUUGGAAAAUUCCGCUUUGCGAUGCUGAUACAGAAAGAUCUAACAACGAACAUGUACUAAUAUCUUCUAAGAUUGCCUCUGCCUCCUUGUCGAAUCGCUCCAAAAACGCAUCGAAUGUCGCUUCAUUGAACACCACCGAAAUAGAGUGCCUGCUGAAGCUGUUUGCAAUGGCCUGUAAAUCCGAAAGGCUGCACAGAGCGUAUGAUAUUGCUCAACUUGUUCCUUCGGCUGAAAUGUUGCAGCCUUUCAUUAAAUACGCAAGUCGGGUAGGACGCUUGGUAUUGGCGGAUAGAGUGACGGCGUUGGCAGAGUCUAAAGUUCGAAUGGAGGAAGAACGCCAAUUCGAGUCGAAUGCGGCUCGACUCACCAAGGCCGCUUCAGUACAGAGUAAUCAGUCGAAUUCAUUGCCUUCUGUUUCACAAAAGCCAUCGCAAGACGUGCCUUCGGCGGCCAAAACAAAUGGGCACAGCCAAAGGGGAUCAGUAAAUAACGGCGUUUCUUCGCCAGCUGAUCUGCCUUCGACUUCUACCAGUGGUCCGCCUCGAAAUCCGUUUAAGGUAACUCUACUUCUUUGAAA